AAGUGCGGCGAGCCAAUAAGGAGGCGGCGUUGAGGCAGUCGUUGGCGUUUGAAAAGUGGUUGGGGCCGAGUGGCGCGCGUACGGUGUUGCGCGUGCUUUAUUGUUUCAAAAUGGUUAACGGACGAAAAUCCGCAGCUCUUAUUAGUUGGGUGAACUGCAUGUGUGCAGAGAAAACGGAGAGCCUCUGGGAUCUCAAAGACCUGUCCACCUACCUGCACAUCAUACAGACCAUAAAGGCCAGUGUGGAUGUAAAACCGCUGCUGAAGAGUUCAGAAUAUGAAAAAGGAAAUUACAUAAGGGAAUUCUUGCAUCAGUUCUUCCAAAAGAAUGCUUGUCUCCAGACAGUGGAUUGGGAUGCACUAACAGUGGGUGAGCACGUGGAAUUGGAGCUGGCCAAGCUGACGGUGGCAUUCCUGUGCUGCGCUGUGGUGAGCACGGAGAUUCAAUCGCGCAUGAAGUUCCUGGACCCAGACACGCAGAUCCAGCUCCAUGAAAUUCUAAAGUUUGUGAUGGACAAUGAGGAGAGUCCUCAACUACAGGUCAACCUUGAGCUGCUGCUCAACGUGGGCUGUGUGGUGCGGUCUCCCGGCGUGUUCUCCAUUGCCACCGAGGAGACCAGCGGACGCUUCUCGUCUCCUCUCUCGUCGCUGCCCCUGGGCCACACUGCAGGGGUUCGCUUCCGGGACCUCCAAAGAAUCGCUUCCUCCAGCAUGAACAACUUGCUCAGCUCUCCGGGCUCCCCCUCAUCUCCCAUGCUGAGUUUCUUUGACCAGCCGGCUGUGGAGGUGCGCAGGCUGAAGCAGCAGCUUCGUCAGGAGUGGGAGCAGCAGGAGAAGCUGGAAGGCGAACUCUCCAGCAAGUCCCAGCUUCUCAAGCAAAGCGAGCAAGAGGUGGCAGAGCUCCGCGGACGAGUGGAGCGUCUGGUGCAGCUCACGCAGACGCGCCCUCCCUCGCCCCUCCCCAGCGAGCUGGCCGAGCUACACGAGAAAACACAGAGGUUGUCUGUGACUGUGAAACAAUGCCAGGAGUUGAAGAAGGAGAAUGAGUUGAUGGAAAAAAGACUGACUCAACUUGCCGAGGAGAACGGUGAGCUGUCUUCCAAGGUGCGCGAGAGCUGCACACACCUGGCGGAAUGUCGCUCGCUGUUUGAGGAAUCGAGCCGCAGUGCGGAGCAGAGGCACGCGGAAGCAGAGGUGCGCAUCCAUCGGCUCGAAGAGGCCCUGGGAGAGGCGCUCAACAGCAAGGCCUCGCUGGAGGAGACUGUGCGGAUCCUGCAGGGCAAGCUGGGAGCGCUGGCAGAGAAGGAAGCCUCUCUGAAGGAGCAGCGUAACCUGCCGCCCGGGGAGGUCAUGUCGGAGGUCCUACAGAUGGAAGAAUGGCACAUGUGUCAGAAGGCACGGGAGAGAGCUGACGUUGGGCUGCCACCUUUAGCCAAGGCACACACAAAUACAACGCACGGCCAUGACACUCCCACAUCUUCACGGGAGGAACAAUCUGCUGACUUUAAUAAUGUAUCGGACAAUGAUAGCAGCACACUCAUAGUGAAAGACAGGAAAUAUCUCAUGCCAAAUGAAUCCACAAUGGAGCUGGAAGGUUCCAUGGUUGAUCAAUACAAUGUCACAUUCAGGGAAGAAUUGGAUGGUCAUGAAAGUAAGCAAACCGGAGUCUCUCAAGACAAAUGUGUGGAGGCCACUCGGGCACGGUCCAGCGCCUUGAAACAAAAUUCGUUGGAAGGGAGCAGCACAUCGUCCCGCAGAGAGAUGGGUAUCGCGCGUGGCGUGCAGGAGAACUUUGAAUUUAAAAACAAUGGCCACAGGGACACUUUGGAGCAAGGAAGGACUUUAUUACAACAGGAAAGGGUGGCUUUAAGCAAAGAGAGGGACAUCCUCGAACGAGAGAGGGCUGCUUUGGAGAAAGAGCAAAUGGCUGUCAUAGCCAUGGGAGCGGGGAACAGGUCCAUUUUAAUGGGUCACAUGUUGACAACAGAAGCCUCAAUCGCGCAGCAAAGAGCCAUAUUAGAUCAGGAGAAAAAUAAAUUAAAUCUUGAAAAAGCUGCUUUGAAAGCAAUGGAGGAUGAAAUUAAUAUUAAUUUAAGGCAACAAAAGUCGAGACUGGACCAGGAAAAACGCAAGCUAGAGCAGGACAUGAUUAUUCUCAAACAAAAAUGGAAUUGCGUAGAGCAAGAGCAGGACAACUUGGUGAAAGAGAGGGCAAUUGAAGACCAAAGCAAGGCCAGCUUUACCAAAGAAAUUAUUUAUUUAAAAGCAUCACUAGAGGAAGAAACAUCAGGUAUGAAGGCAAGGGUGGAGCAAGAAAGGGUCCUGUUGGAGAAUGAAAGAGAAAAAAUAAUCCAAAGUAUAACCGCAAAUCAAAAUGAUACUGCUUCACUCCAGCGGGAGAGAAUUGCGAUGCAGCAAGAGGUGGAUGUCCGAGAACAAGCAAGGUCUGCGCUUAUCUGCGUUGUUGCUGCCUUGGAAAAAAUAGAGGUUAUGCCUGGCAAUGAAAAGGGCAGCGUAAUCUGUGCCCUGGAGGAAGGGAUGACCACUUUAAAAGCCAUUCUAGGGCUGGACAAAGGUAUUGCAUGCGAAGGAACUCACAUCGACAUGGCUGACAAUGGCAUUGUAGCACAAGCAGUUCUGCAACAACAGAGGACAGAACCUGCACAAGAUAAUUAUUUUAUAUCUGUUGGGAAGCACGGUAUGGGGCAUCGUGAAAGGGACACACUAUGCCAAGAAAAAGACAAAACAAAUAUAGAGGAGACCACUUGGGAUGGAGAGCGGUCUUUGUCUCAGAGGGAAAGUCUGGUGUCGCUGGAUCAAUCAAACGAUGUCUUGGAUAGAGACCAGGCUGACUUGGAGACAGUGAGAGAUGUGUUGUUGAAAGCUGAUACAAAAAUGGCCGUGCUCGCACCAAUGCAAGAAUCUGCUGCAGUGAAAGACUUUAUGGAAGAGGAUUGUUCCCCACUUGAUCAAGAGGAUUCCGACGCCACUGUACGAAAUCAAAAGGCAUUCACCCCAGCAGAGACUGUCCGCCUCGUUCAAGCCAACUUGGACCAUGAGCAAAUCGUAUUCAGAGAUUCCCUUCAACAUGAGGUGGCCGUGCUGGAGCAGAAACGAACCACCCUGACGGCAUCGCUGGAGCAGGAGAGAAACAGACUGUGUGAGCUGGAGCAGGCAAGCAUGAGCGUGCGUAUGGAAGCGGACAGCUUAAAAGCAGCACUGCAGCUCGAGGAGAUUGUGUUCCGAGCCACUCUGAAUGAAGAAAGGACUGUGUUGGAAGAAAUGAAAUUCAAAGUACAAGAUAAUACAUUAUUACAAGAUCAGGAGAAAGUGAAGUUGCAGCGAGAUAGGGAUUUAUUGGAAGAUGAGAAGGUUUCUAUUGAGCGAGAGAGAGUCGCGCUGGAUAAAAUGAAAGCAACUUUAGAGGAGAUGAAAGCCAUCUGGGAACGAGAAAGAGUCGUUUUAGUGGCUCCAUUAGAACAAGAGAGAGUCACCCUGAAACGAGAGCUUGCAGCUCUGCACCAGGAGAGAGCCAAAUGGACCACAGAGAGCGAACGUUUGGUGCAAGAGCAGGCUUUGUUAGAACAGCAGAGGGUAGCGUUACAGCAAGAAAGAGAGUCCUUAGAUCAGCACAGAGGCAACCUCAAGGUUAAGUCCGAGCAAGAGCGGGCCGCUCAAAGUGAAACGAUGUAUAAAGUGGAGCAAGAGAAUGCCUGUUUGCGCACUGAGCAGAAAACGCUCAUACAUGACAUGGCUGAACUCAGGACGACCGUGGAUGAGGAAGAGAUGAGUUGGGCACGAAAGAGAGUUGCGCUUGAUAAAGAGAAGGCCGAGAACGAGCGAGUCAAGUCGAACUUGGAUAGAGAAAUGGCUGUGAUAAAAAAACAGAAGAGUUUGCUUGAUCAAUCGAUGGCAAAAUUUGCCUUGGAGAGAACUGAUUUUUUGCAUCAAAAGGCGAUGAUUGAAAAUAAAAGCAAUUUGAAGACUUUAAUAGAGACUGAUUGUAUAGUGUUAGAACAAGAGAAAACUGGGCCCAAACAAGUAAAGGGACUUUUAGAUUUAGAGAGUGCUACCGCAAAGCAGGAACGUGAUGUCUGCAAAGCAAAACAGGCGAGCAAUACGUUAACGCAAAGACGAGCGGCUGAGGCGCUUUCAAGCAGCGUAGAACGUCAUAGCGUUGUAUUGGAGCAAGAAAUGUAUGACGCAGUGCCAGCUAAACCGCGGCAAGCUGCCACGCAGCAUCACGAGACGGAGGACACAGCUCCCCCAGGGAAGGUGAAUGCUGCUCUGAAAGCUCUGCAGGAUCUAGAAACCGACACGGAAAUUCAGGAAAUGUCCAGCCCAGGAGCCACCGAGGAUCGCAAGACUGCUAGGUCAGAGAUAAGAAGGGAAAACGUUAACUCCUCUUUCGAUCAAGAGAAGGGACAUCUGGAAUUGGAGAAGAACGCUUUGGAGAAAGGAAAAGAAAACUUCAGGGAAGAUGACAUUAUGGCAGCUACAAUGGAGGAAAACUUGGACACCACGAUGCAGUAUGAGGUUUCAACUGACGUGGCCCGUUCAGACAUUGUUACUGAGACAGGCAUGGCUCCAAGUAAUACAAUUUUCACAAAAGAAGAAUGUGCCACCCUGCAAGCUAACGUGAGUGAAAUUGAAGAUCAUUUUAAUACAGGGGUGGAAAAUACAAGGAUUUUGUCAAAAGAAAAUCUGGAACAAACUCCAAGUGAAGACGGAAGACGUCACAGCAUGGUCACACGCUCGGCGCGCAAGAGAAGUUCACGGUACUCCCAGGAAACCCUCUACUUCACACCGUUGCAGACGAGGCCUUCCCUUGUGGGAGGGCAGGCUCCGGCUCUGGACUGGAGCCUCAACUCCCUCGAGGAUCUCGUCAUCGACUCGGCCAAGAAGAAGCCGCGCACGUCGUCCACACGGCGCCGCACCAUGCAUGUCAUCGACAUCACGCUUAACAAGAAGGUGGAGUCGUGUCGGCGUGACAGCGUGUCAAGCAGUGCGUCCACGAUGCGCAGCAGCACCACCACAGCCUACGAGCUGCGCUCCCAUGGGGACAGACCCACACCCGUGCAGUCUUCCAACUGGUCGCUGGGAUUCCCAGCAUCCUCCGCUUCGUUUGUGACGCUCGACACCUUCACUUCCCAGAAUUCCCUGCAGCUUGAGGACAUGAGGUCUGGGCGCUUGUCCGACGCCAGCCUGCGGAGCCUCCCUGGCUACCGGCCCCUCGGUCCACACGGAACCGAUGGCCGCAACCUGGAGCAGUUGCAGGCCCCGCCAACGACGCGGCGUCGCAAGGGAAAUGCAUCGUAUUACAUGAGCUGCGUAGACGAGCCAGACCCAGAAGCCGAAUGGGAUGAACUUGAGCGCCAGGGACUUGGCGCGCACGCUCUGCCUCGGCGGCAGCCCAGAGCAGCACUGGGGACUAGCGCUUGCUACACGGAGGGUUUGCAGGAAAACCAGCCACCGGUCAAUUGCAAGGUGGACUUUUCUGAGAAAAGCGACACCAGAAACGACCAUUUGCUACGUCAGGAAGAAUUGGGAAAGCGCAACCAAGCAACCCUGCCUCACCUGCGAUCCUGCUACCCACUGAAAGUGGAGACAUUCAUGCCGGGUGAGGAUCUGUGCACGGCAAAACCAGAAAUGACAGCACGCCGCAUGUUCCUCCGCCCCGCGCUCGCCGACGCAAAUGCGGACAUGCGAAAACGGAAAUCUGGGAUCGGCCACAACACAGAAUGCUCACCGGAGAGUAAGAAGUCGGCCACCAUGUGCUUUGUGGUACCGGCCACCCCCCGCGAGAGGCCGCCGCCCCGGGCGUCGCCGCGUCGAGAUGACCAUCCCCAGCGUUCCUGGCCGAUCAUCCGUCGCCUUCGCCAAUCCAUGUCGCGUAAGAAAUCUCCUUCCAGCAAGGCAUCUAAACCUUGAACCUAAACUACAUGUUACGAUCAUCAGCACAGAUAUGAGAAGAUGACGGUGGUGAAAGUGACAGAAGGAUGCCAUUCCUUGUUAUCGGUGCACUGUACCUUGUACAUUCUUGAUUACGAGCUGUAAUUCUUUGUGUAGAUAUUUUGUUGGCUUCCAUCAGAAGAUUAUUUGGGGGUUUUUUUUACGAUGGUUCCUUGUAAUCUCACCGCUGCCCUGCGUUGUCCCUUCACGACAGUGCCAUGCACUUUUAAAAACCCUGCUUGAGCAAGGGUUUUUAAAAGUUAGCUCCAAGCUAUGCAGGUCCUUCACGCUUGUCGCACUGCGUGUAAAUAUUCGUGAGCACGUUUAAAAUUAAUUCUGAUUCCUGUUUCUCCUCGUAAUACAUUUUCCUGUAAAUACCAAACAGUGACGUAAAAAACAAGUGUGGGGAGCGUGCCUUCUUGUAUGCUGGCCCCAAGCCUUGGAAUUCACUUCCCAGCAAACUGGCUUUUAAGUUUAACACGUAGGCUUUCACGACCAAUAUCAUCCAUAAUAGAGGUUUUUGGGUUAGAUCGCGUAAACAUAUAUGUGUUUUAUUUAAAGCUUUUGUGACUGCAGGGAUUCAUGUUCUUGGUUCUUUCGGUCAAGUCGUUAAACCCGCCACCACCCGACAUAGCCAACUAGUCAGGGUUGUCAUGUAAACAGAACAUGCCAAUUCGUCACUAGUACAGCACACCGGUGUAUUGGAGAGCGAAGCCACAACAUUUACAAACCAAGUAUGACGUUUCGCCAGUAAUUACAACUAGCUUCAUUAGGCGACAGCCAGAUGUAGCUGUCGCCUGAUAAGCCCUGAAUGAAACUUUAUAACACUCUCAUGUAGGUGCACCUGAGAGUUAUUGCUAAGAUAUAUUCCAAGUCCUUUGCAUAAAGAGGAGCGGUAUAGUUAUUUAACAAAAGAAUGAAAUCAUAUCAAUGUAAAAUGUCAAAUCUGCAUGACACCAGCUAAUGUAUCCAAAUUGCACGGAGGCAUUAAUGUAUUUAUAGCUUUUGGCAUUAUUGUACAGGUAUUCCUUGCGUAAUGCACCCCCCCAUAGCGAAAAUUCGCAGUUACGUGAUUCGUCUUUUAACUUCACACUUACGCUCUGCAUUGCACAGUUUACGCGCUCAAGAAACAAAAAAACAUUGUAACAAUUAAUUGUGAAAAAGAAAAAUGUUUUUUCAAUUAUAGAGAUUCAAAAUAGUAAUCUUUUCCAUCCUAGUUAUCUUAUUGUUAAACUCCUUGUUAAGUAAUCUUUGUAAUAUUAAUAUUAUUAAAUAUUACAUUUAUACAUGGUUUCUUUUGUAAAUCCAGGGCUAAAAUACUUCAAUUAAAUUAUACUUAAGUUUUCUUCGGUAAUGCACUCCCGCUUAUAACAUGUAUGUCUAUGGGAAAAUCGGCUUCGUACAGCACAAUUCGACUUGCGCGCUGUUUUUCAGGAACGCUUGUUACACGUUACGCGAGGGACGCCUGUAUUUGCAUGUUUGUGCUUCUGACAGUCAUUCCACUCUACUUCUAACCUAAAAAUAUACUCCUUUAUCACUUUUCACAAUACGUAUAAUAAACGUGAUUAUUAAAACUGAAUUAUUUAAAACAAAAAGCUUUUCGGGGAACUCGCCAAAAGAUGUGUAAUGUUGGAACAACUGGCAAGGGGAUGUGGAGGCAUUACUGCUGGACUGCAGGGACACCGUGGCGCUGUCAGGGAUGGGUGGCGACGCAGCCUCCCCGGGGUGCUUCUCGUUGUACGAUUUCACGGCGCGUGGCCGGAGUGAAAUUGCAUUAACAUGGCCAUUUCGUGGAUCGAAAAGUGUCCGUAAUUUUUCUGCGUUCACGCGAAAUGUCAGGAAGGGAACGUUGGUGAAUCGGAGAGAUACCUGUGCUUGGCUGCUAGUCCACAAUUUGUCUUUCACCCAGACGCCCCUCCAAGCCACUUGACCAUUUCCAUAUUUGCCCCCUCCUCCCAAGCCAUUCUUUCCUUUCAUAUCAGCGGCAUUCACUGCAAUAGCAAAACUUUUACAGACGUAUGUCUGUUUGACCAAGUUGUUAAGUGUCAUUUUCAAAUGUAACAUUGUAACCUUCAGAUGUGUCAUGCUGUUAAUGUUAAAAUUAUAAUUUGUAAAUGAUUUAGAUACAGGAGUUAGCACGCUUUGCUUCUUCCGAUCUAGUGUGCAAUGCAUAGAGGUAUCCAAGAGAUAAACGACACUUUUAGGUGCUUCUCACAGCAUCGAGGCAAAUCGACCUCAAACGAAUAAGUUCCCACAUUCUUCUCACAUUAAUAUCAAGCGUUUUUUUUUCAUGUUGGUGCAAGAUUAACUUGUUGCUGUCCAACAGCGUGUUUUUAUACUGUAGCGUAUGGGUAUAAUUUUGGUUAUAAUUUCCAAAAUAAAAGUUUGCAUGCUUUUGUGGUGGGAAAUAAAUACAACACUAGGAAAUAUGUA